GUUUUCUUUCUCUCUCUCUCUUUCUCUCUGUAUCAUGCUUUCGGUGUGAAAAAGCACUUGUUGACUGUAAAUAAAAUAGAAGUGUUGAAAUUUGAAUAGAUUUAUAUUUACGACAUACUUUUUGAUUGUGUACCAUGAAUUUAAAACUGCUACUAAAGAUCAAUUUUUCCUGAAGAAAGAAGAGAAUUCUAAAUUUUAUUAAUAGAAUUGCUUCUAUUAGCACCGUCGACGCUUUGUUAACUAUUUACAAUAGUCACGAUGGCUGCGAGAGGCAUUCAUAGCCUGAGAUUCAAUCAGGAUCAAGGUUGUUUUACAUGCUGCAUGGAGUCUGGAUUAAGAAUCUAUAAUGUUGAUCCGUUGGUUGAGAAAGCACAUUUCGAUAAUGAUUUAAUGGGAAGCAUCUCCAUGGCCGAGAUGCUCUGGAGAACAAAUGUGAUUGCCGUGGUAGGUGGUGGAAAUCGUGCUAAGUUUGCUGACAACACUGUCCUGAUCUAUGACGAUCUGUCAAAAAAGUUUGUCAUGGAGGUCACUUUCACCAGUCUCAUUAAAGCGGUUAGACUGCGAAGAGAUAAAAUGAUUGUGGCGCUGCAGCGAGAAAUUCAUGUCUUUUCAUUUCCUACACCUGUACGAAGGUUGUUGACACUCGAAACAAGAGAUAAUCCAACAGGCUUGGUAGAAAUAGCGACAUUUGUGACAGCACAGAGACAAUUAUUGGCCUUUCCUGGUCAUAAACUUGGUAGUGUACAGUUGGUGGAUCUUAGUGCUACUGAGGCUGGUAGCUCCAGUGCUCCUAUUACUCUUUCAGCACAUCAGGGUGCAUUGGCAUGUCUAGCAGUUAAUGGAAAUGGUACUAUGAUCGCGACUGCAUCUGUUCAGGGGACCUUAAUCAGAGUAUGGGAUUCUGUGCGCAGAAAUUUAUUAGUUGAAUUGAGGCGCGGUGCUGAUCCUGCUACACUUUACUGCAUAACAUUCAGCAGAGAUUCGGAAUUCUUGUGUGUAUCAAGUGAUAAAGGAACAGUACAUAUAUUUGCCUUGAAAAAUACUAGCUUGAAUCGGCGAUCUACCUUUUCAAACAUGGGUUUUCUGGGUAAUUAUGUCGAGAGCCAGUGGGCAUUGGCUACCUUCACAGUACCUCCAGAAUGCGCGUGCGUUUGCGCGUUUGGCACGCAUAAUUCUGUAAUAGCUGUAUGUAUGGACGGAACAUUUCACAAAUAUGUAUUCACCGCGGAAGGAAAUUGCAAUCGACAAGCAUUUGAUGUCUUCCUUGAUGUGUGUGAUGACGAUGAUUUUUAACACACGGCCUGUUACUUGCGCAUAUGUGUAUAGUCGUAAGACUAUGUGCUUGCAACGAAAUUUCUAGUCGUUUUACGAGCGGAAUUUCUUAUAUGUGAUAAUUGUACAGGUAAUCGAAUCGUCGAUUACGUGGAAAGUGCACAAGCCAUGUGCCAUAGAAAGUUAAUAUCCCAUGGAGUCCCAUCUUUGCAAAUUCUUGAAUGCAAGUUUUUUUUAUGACUUAUGUACUUUCCAUAAUUAUACAAAUUUAAUAAAUAGUAACAUUUAUUUUGUACAGUAAACAAUCCAUUAAAUUUUAUAUUGAUCACCUA